CCCCUUCGUGGAAGUAAUCACCACAUUGUGAGUGCAGAAGAUGGGGGAAAACAAUAUCCAAACCAAAGGAAAUAUCUCCUCUUCGGCACUACUCAAACUAUUGCUUGUAGCAGCCCUUCUACACGACGCAGCCAGCAAGACAUUGAAAUACAAAGUUUAUGAGGAGCAGAAAGUAGGUACGGUCAUUGCACGGUUAAAAGAGGAUGUAUCUGGAGUUUUAUCCAAAUUACCGAGCUCCCUGACAUUUCGGUUCCGCGCCAUGCAGCGGGGGAGCACGGCAUUUUUGUCAGUCCGAGAGGAGGAUGGGGAGAUCAGCAUCGGGACUAAAAUCGACCGUGAGAAGCUUUGUGAGAAAAACUUAAACUGCUCGAUAGAAUUCGACGUGGUCACGUUACCCACGGAGUACCUGCAGCUGUUCCAUGUGGAGGUGGAGGUGCUUGACAUUAACGACAACUCCCCUCACUUCUCCCGCGCCAUUGUGCCCAUUGAGAUCUCGGAGAGUGCCUCUGUGGGGACUCGCGUCCCGCUGGACGGAGCCGUGGAUUCAGACGUCGGAGAGAACUCCCUGCACACCUACUCCUUGACGCCCAACAGCUUCUUCAAGAUCGAGGUGAGGACCAGAACCGACGGGGCCAAAUACGCAGAGCUGGUGGUCAUGAGGGAGCUGGACAGGGAGGUGCAGGCCAGCUACCAACUGCAGCUCACUGCCUCAGAUAAUGGCGUGCCCCCCAAGUCUGGCUCCACUUUACUGAAGAUAAGCAUCUCUGAUUCCAAUGACAACAGCCCGGCCUUUGACGAACAGGCAUAUAUCAUCAGUUUGCAAGAAAACUCUCCUCUUGGGACUCUCAUCAUUGAUUUAAAUGCCACGGAUCCAGAUGAGGGUGCUAAUGGGAAAAUAGUCUACUCCUUCAGCAGUCAUGUGUCUCCAAAGAUCUUGGAAAUGUUCAAGAUAAACCCAGAAAAUGGUCAUAUUACACUCAUUAAAAAAGUGGAUUAUGAAGCCACUGCAUCCUUUGAGCUGGAUGUUCAGGCUCAGGAUUUGGGCCCAAAUUCCAUUCCUGGACUUUGCAAAAUUGUAGUGAAAGUGGUGGACGUGAAUGACAACAAACCAGAGAUAAACAUAAACCUGAUGACGCCUGGCAAGGAGGAGGUGGCCUAUAUAUCAGAAGGGGCCCCUGUGGACACAUUUAUAGCCUUGGUUCGUGUUGAUGACAGUGAUGCAGGUCUCAAUGGCGAGGUGCUGUGCAGGCUGCAUGGCCAUGGCCACUUCAGGCUUCAGAAAACCCACGAAAAGAACUACAUGAUUCUCACUAACAUCUCACUGGACAGGGAGAAGAGGUCUGAGUACAGUCUGACGGUCAUUGCAGAGGACAGAGGGUCCCCCAGCCUCUCCACCAUUAAACAUUUCACAGUCCAGGUGCUGGAUGAGAACGACAAUCCUCCACAUUUUGAGAAAAACCGUUAUGAAGUUUUCAAAUCUGAAAACAAUUCUCCAGGAGCCUACCUGAUGACUGUGGUUGCCUUAGAUCCAGAUCUAGGCACUAAUGGUCAGAUCACAUACACCAUCAUUGAUGCUGUAGUCCAGGGUAGCCCGAUAUCCACCUAUGUCACCAUUGACCCCUCCAGCGGUGCCGUGUACGCCUUACGCAGCUUUGACCAUGAGGACGUCAGCCGGAUCACCUUCACUGUGCAAGCCCGUGACGGGGGCAACCCAGCACUGUCUGCCAACACCACCGUCCUGCUCACUGUUCUGGAUGAAAACGACAACCCGCCCAUCAUCCACUCCCCCUCCCUUCGGAACCACACUGCCGAGCUCCCAGUGUGGAAGUAUACAUCGCCGGGUCAGCUGAUCACUGCGCUGAAAGUCACAGAUCGCGACGCAGGCGCCAACGGAGAGGUGAGCUGUGCCAUUGUCAGUGGCAACGAUGACGGGCUAUUUGUGAUGGAUGCCCGUCGAUGUGAGCUCAGAACAAACACAAGUUUGGAGCGUGUUUCAAAGGAUGUCAUGGAGAUCAGGAUUGAGGUGCAGGAUCGGGGCACCAACCGACUGACCACAGGAGUCCUCGUAAGACUGUCCUUGCAGGAGAACAUGGAAAUUCUGCCCCCCCUGUACCCCACCAGUUCCAGCCAGCCCCCGUUGGACCUUUCCCUCAUUGUCAUCAUCUCUUUAGGUGCUGUUUGUGCAUUGCUACUGAUCGUCAUGGUGAUGUUUGCCACUGCUCGUUGCAACCGAGAGAAGAAGGACCCCAGACACAACUACAACUGCCGCGUGGCAGAAAACAGCUACCAGAACCACCCCAAGAAGCCUGCCAGACAGAUCCACAAGGCAGACAUCACACUGGUCCCAACUGUCAAUGGGACCCUGCCUAUCCGUGCACACCCACACUCCCCCUCGCCCUCUCCCACCCCCGAGAGAGGCACCCUGGGGAGCCGGCAGAGCCACCACAGCCGCCAGUCGCUCAACAGCCUGGUCACCAUCUCUUCAAAUCAUGUACAGGAGAACUUUGCUCUGGAGCUGGCCCACACUACGCCCCCAGUAGAGCAAGUCUCACAGCUUCUGUCCAUGCUCCAUCAGGGCCAGUACCAGCCACGGCCAUGCUUCAGAGGCAACAAAUACACCCGCAGCUACAGAUAUGCCCUGAACGAGAUGGACAAGUUCAGCCUGAAGGACAGUGGCCGAGGAGACAGCGAGGCCGGAGACAGCGACUACGAGCCUGGCAGGGACUCGCCCAUGGAUAGACUCCUGAGUGAAGGCUUCACCGAGAUGCUUGCCCCUGAUGGCCAGCACAGACCACAUGCAGCCAUGCGGCUCUGCACAGAGGAGUGUCGAGUCCUGGGUCACUCCGAUCAGUGCUGGAUGCCUCCCUUGGCCUCCCCCGCCUCUUCCUCAUCAGAUUACCGCAGCAACCUGUACAUCCCUGGGGAAGAAGCCCACCAGAUGGCCGACCACUCCCAGGAGAAGACCCCACGGCCCUGCACUGACACCGGCCCCGCCUGGAACCAGAGUUUCUCCACCUUUGGCAAAGACCUGGGCGAAGAGGACGUGGUAGAGGAUGAGGCGGCAGAGGGCAGCGGGGGUGAGUCCAGGGACGAGGACCUCUGUGGGACCACCUCACUGCUGUCAGAAAUGAGCAGCGUGUUCCAGAGGCUGCUUCCUCAGGGUUUGGACUCCUACACACAGGUGUCUGAGACCCAGAGGGGCAGCAGUCUGAGUGGUGUGGGUGUGCCCUUGACUGGCUCUUUAGACCGGAGGAGAGGUCACCUGCCUGGUAAGUCCAGUCCCUCCGCGCACCAGCAGGGGGUGGCGGCCUGGGCCGCCAACACACACUUCCAGAACCCGGGAAGCAACAUCAGCCCUUCCUGCCACCACCAGGGUGGCACCUACCACACCCUGAAGCCCAGCACCAAGCUCAGUUCCCAGAGCAGCCACAAGGGUUCGCAGGCCCCCAAGAAUAGCCCCCAGAACGGCGGCCAUGCCCUCAAACCCCACAGCAGCCCCCUGCUCACGGUGCUGGUCAGCUCCAGCAUGGUGCAGUCCUCACCGGCCCCGGUGUCCAUGCCGGCACCCCUCCCUGGACCGUCCUCGAAGUGGCUGCCGGCCAUGGAGGAGAUCCCAGAGAACUAUGAGGAGGACGACUUUGACUCUGUACUGAGCCACCUGCAAGGGAAGCGCAGUGACAGCCGACACGAGCUGGUGGACGCCAGCGAACUGGUGGCCGAGAUCAACAAACUGCUACAGGACGUCCGGCAGAGCUAGACUCCUUUAUUUAACUCUAUUUAUUAACCGCCCAUUGUCGGUCUGCAGGAAAAGGACCCUCAUUUACUGCAAAUGAGAAAUGACACACAAAAAAAAAAAGACCUGCAAUUGUCAUUAAAGUUGCAUUUCUAAUGUAAUAAUUGUGUUUUGUAAAUGCUAAUUAUCC